AUGUGGAAGCUCUUCGUCGAUGGAGCGUCCAACAGGCAUGGGGCCGGGCUGGGAAUUGUGCUGACCUCACCAGAUGGGCUGAUUAUUGAGCAAGCAAUUACGCUCGGAUUCCCGGCGUCCAACAACGAGGCAGAGUAUGAAGCCCUCCUCGCCGGUUUGAGAAGCGCAUUGAGAAUGAAAGCCACCGCCCUUAUGGUCUUCAGCGACUCCAAGCUUGUGGUCAAUCAGGUAUCAGGGGAGUAUGAGGCAAGAGAUGAAAGAAUGGCCAAGUAUCAAGCGUUGGUGCGAGAAGAAAUCAAGAAGUUCCCUGCGAUAAGAGUGGAACAGAUCAACCGUGAAGAAAACAACUCGGCUGACGAAUUGGCUGGGCUCGCCUCCACCCAGACAGCUUUUCCUAACCCCUUGAUGAUAGAGUUUUUACCCCGGCCAAGCAUUGAGGAACCGGAAGCACCCGAGGUGCUCUGCACCGACUUGGGUCCUUCCUGGAUGGAUCCCAUCAUCGCCUUCUUAAAAGACAGAGUUUUACCGGAAGAAAAGAAGGCAGCCCACAAAAUCCGAGCAAAGUCAGAGUGGUUUUGGCUCUCCCCAUCUGGAGCCUUGUAUAAGACGUCCUUCACCGGGCCGUAUUUGAAGUGUGUCCACCCCGCCAAAGUGGAGACUUUUCUCUACGAAAUACAUGAAGGCAUCUGUGGAAGCCAUACUGGAGGCAGGUCCUUGGCGUACCAAGCAAUUUCCCAAGCAGCGCCGGGCAAUCGCAAAUUCUUCAUCGCCGCCACCGACUAUUUCACCAAGUGGGUGGAGGCCGAGCCACUGGCGACCAUAAAGGAAAAGGAAGUGAAGAAGUUUGUUUGGCAAAACGUCAUUACUCGCUUCGGUAUACCCAGGGCCCUCGUCUCAGAUAACGGCACUCAAUUCGAUGGGAAGCUCUUUCACGGAUUUUGCGAAGAGUUGAAGAUCGAGUUCUAUAAUUCGACGCCGGCCUAUCCUCAGUCUAACGGUCAAGCAGAGGCCUCAAACAAGACCAUCUUGGAUGGGCUGAAGAAGCGGCUUGAAAAAGCCAAGGGGAAAUGGGCUGAGGAACUUCCGAACGUGCUCUGGGCAUACCGCACUACCCCGAGAAGGUCGACCGGGGAAACACCAUUCGUUUUGGCCUACGGUAUGGAGGCAGUCAUCCCGUUGGAAAUUGGCAUGCCAACCAUCCGCUCUGAAAGUUUCCAGCCUAAUCUGAAUAAUGAAGCCGUGGCAUUGGAAUUAGACCUUGCCGAGGAAAGAAGGGAGCGGGCACUAAUCCACAUCGCAGCUUAUCAACAAGAACUCUCCAAGAAAUACAACAAGGCGGUGCACCCCAGGCUAUUCAAGGUCGGAGACUGGGUUUUGAGAAAGGUACUUGGCAACACGGUGGUCCCUGGCGAAGGAAAGCUCAGUGCAAAAAGAAGCAGCUUGAAAAAGCCAAGGGGAAAUGAGCUGAGGAACUUCCGAACGUGCUCUGGGCAUACCGCACUACCCCGAGAAGGUCGACCGGGGAAACACCAUUCGCUUUGGCCUACGGCAUGGAGGUAG